AUGUCUUCAAAGGUAGGCAAAAAGGGAAAGCUAAUGAUACCGUCCUUAGAAGUUGUUGGAAAUAUACUUCAAAGCACACGAAAUAUAGACGACCAUACGACAUCAGCGUGGCCUAAUCAAAAGUAUGUACAGAGUUCCAUAGACACAACAGGUGUGCCUAGGUGCGAGAAUGCAUCUUCACCGGGUGUGUUAGCUGGAGGAUUGGAAGAUGAACUCGCAUUGUUGUCUCCAAAUAUCAGGACGCGUGCUGUGGUUGAUUUAAUGGGCAUUGGUGUGCCUGUGUUCAUGGUGCCUUUUUCAAUCUCUUCUAGGCAAGCUUUAGUACUUGGUUGUACAAAUUUGCCAUCAAAAGUAACAUGA